AUGUGCCGACCGACCGGAAUACCGGAUGACAUCGGGGCACUGUCGACAGCUCAUUUCUAAAUCACCGAAGGUUCUGGCAAUGCCCAAGAAAGCUCCUAUUAUGACGCGGUUCCGAAUUCUCGCGAGACAUUCCUAACCGACGAGGAUUUCUUGCGGCCUCUCAAUGAUGACGCCACCGUUCUCACCGAAAGCGAUUUCAAGAGAGGCGCCCAACUGGAAAUGCACGAGCUGCCCGCCGGCAAGAUCCUGUGGAAGCAAAUGUUCAAAAAAGGCGACAUUCGGGGAAAAGCUGCUUGGAAGUUGGAGAAUAAUGAGAAGCUCAGGAGGAAUGGUGUGAUAACGGGUACCCGAAAAUGGCCGAACGGACGCAUUCCGUACGUCAUCUCGAAUCAAUACAACGAAAGAGAGCGAGCGGUCUUAGCGCGAAGUUUUCAGGCAUAUCAUGAGAAAACGUGUAUUAGAUUUGUGCCUCGAACCGCCGUUGAUAAUGAUUAUUUGUAUAUUGGUAAAAUUGAUGGAUGCUAUUCCGAUGUUGGACGAGCCGGAGGACGGCAAGAAUUAUCACUUGACAAUGGUUGCCUUCAGUAUGACACCGCUAUUCAUGAGCUGAUGCACUCGGUGGGAUUCUAUCAUGAACAUGAGAGAUGGGAUCGUGAUGAGCAUAUUACAAUUCUGUGGCACAAUAUUGAUCGAGAAGCUUACGAUCAAUUUGGAAAAGUUGAUUUAGCCGAAAGCUCCUAUUAUGGCCAACUCUACGACUACUAUUCUAUCAUGCAUUAUGAUUCUCUGGCAUUUUCGAAAAAUGGAUUCGAGACAAUGGUUGCCAAAAAACCAGAAAUGACGCAAGUUAUUGGAGCAUCGAUCGAUUUUAGUCCAAUUGACAUUCUUAAAAUGAAUUUGAUGUACCAGUGCGACACACUAAAACCUGCUCUACCGGAGACUGCUCAGGUUCUCACAACCGCGCCGCCUCUAUCAGUGUCUGUGAUCGUUGAUGAUGAUUGUCGCGAUCGUACCAAUCUUUGCUGGCGUUGGAUCGACCGCUGCAAAUCGUUCUUCUUCGAGCGCAUCAUGCAAGAGUUUUGCGCGUUGUCGUGCGGAUUCUGCACACCAAAAGUGAACGCGAACCAGAUUGCGAAAGCCUCUCCGCCGAACUUCUCGUCGACGUUGCUCACCGCUUCAGGAACCUCGUAUUUACAGCAUGGGCGGCGGCGCAAGUGA